AUGGGCCGGCCCCGGGGCGUCAAAUUAAGGCCGCGCUCCGCCCACCGCGCACGCGCCGGCCGCUCGGGCCACUUCCGCCGCCGCCAGCGCGCAGGCGCGGAGCCGCACUCUGCCCCGCCCACCUCGGAGGCGGGUGGUGGAGUCGGUUCUCAAGACACAGUCCUGGCCUCGGUUUAUAUCCAACUGGACCUUUCAAGCGAGACCUGGCUGCCCACCCUCUCUCAAGCCCUGACUCUGCCAACUGCUGCUGAGUCUAUCUCGUCUCCAGGGGCACUCACUGGCCUCAACCUGACCACAGCAUGUCACACCCAGCCUGACGGCCACCUGCACUGCACCUGCCUCUCCGGGUAUAGGUGGAACACUAGUGUCUGCUCCCAGCACCCCCAAUGCCUACAGCACCCCCCACAUCAGCCCUGCUCCUGUCUCAUCUUCCACCCCCUGGAGACUGAGUCCCGGUACUGUCAGCCGCUGCCACCUGUGCCUGGGACCCUGAGCCUGGACUCCUCCCAACCCCUGCCUGGCAGCACACUGCACCUCACCUUGCUCACCACCCAGGAGCCCACCCUCCUGCAAUGGUUUCUGUGGCGCCCAGGAAGCACCAGCCCCACUUACCUGCAUGCAGGAACCCAGGUGUCGCUGACCUCCAGCCCUAGCCAGGCUGUCCUCAGCAUCUCCAACAUCUCCCACCACUGGGCAGGGAAUUACACGUGCUGCUUCGAGGCCCAGGGAUUCCGCUGGGACCUGCACCAGGAGGUGGCAGUGUCCCUGCAGGCAGAAGACAUCAUUCAGCUCCCAGACCAGGUCUCCGUGUCCUGUGCCACCACGCCUGGCUUCCAGCUCCGCUGCUGCGUCCCCAGCUCCCAGCAGACCUACACUGCCACCUGGAGUCCUCAGGAGGGUGGCGAAGUUUUCUCACUCAACACGCCAGACUCCCGGUGUCUGGUGCUGACUGUGCUGCACUGCCCUGCCUCAGACACUGUGUACACCUGUGUCCUGCAGAGUCCAGACCUGGCCAGCCUCAGGGUCCCCGUCUCUGUCACCAUCAUCCAGGAUGGAGACAUUGCCUGCCCCAAUGACUUCUCUACUGUGGCCUGGGAUGUCACCAAAGCUGGCCACGUGGCCCAGGCCCCAUGUCUCAGGCACAAGAUAGGCCUGCUGAAGAGGGUAUGUGGGCCCGACGGGACCUGGGGGCCUGUCCACGACAGCUGCACAGACUCGGAGCUCCUGGACCUGCUUCACAGAGCCUGGCUGCUGCAGGCAGGCCAGGGCAAGCCUGCUAGGGAUGUGCCACAGAUCCUGGCCCAGAUGGCGGAGCAGGUGGCAGCGGUGAGAUCAGCCUCCGACCUGCUGGCCCUGCUGCGCACCAUGGAGUUCCUGGCUGAGGUGGUGGAAAAAGACAGGUUGGAGCUUAAUCGUGAGUCCCUGGAGGCCGCCUUGAGAACCACAGAUCGGCUUCUCGACAUGGACAUCAACUCUCUGUGGGCUCCGGCCCAGGCCCAGAAGCCCUCAGCUGCCCCAGCCCUCCUAAUGGCCGUGGAGACUCUGGCACGAAGCCUGGGCCCACAGGACCAGCCCUUCCCCCUCACCCUGCCCAACGUGCAGCUGCAGGCUCAGCUCCUGGAGCCCCCAUUCCCCUCCGACUACACAAUCACCUUCGACACGGAGCCUCCAGUCCAGGCCCGAAUCCCCAGGCACGCCCUGGCACCACUGGGCCAGAACGGAACCAACGUCAGUAUCACCAGCCUUGUUCUGCACAAACUGGACCACCUUCUGCCCCCCAAUUACGGCCCGGGCCUCGGGGACUCCCACUCGGCCACUCCUGGCCGUGUGCUGGCCAUCUCCAUCACGGCCGGUGGGCAGGCCUGCACUCAGGGCCAGGUCCUCAUGGACUUUGGAGACUCAGUCAACCCCACUCACUGUGUGUUCUGGGAUUAUGACCUCUUCCAAGGCCACGGGGGCUGGUCGGACAAAGGGUGCCAAGUGCAGGCGGCCGGGGCUCCAUGCAUGUGUGAGCACCUCACUGCCUUCUCAGUCCUCAUGUCCCCACACGGUACUCCAGGGGGGCCUGUCCUGGAGCUGCUGAGCCGAGUGGGUCUAGCGGCCUCCAUCGCGGCCUUACUGCUAUGCUUGAGUGUGUACAGGUUGGUGUGGAGGGCCGUGGCCCGGAACAAAGUGGCCUACCUGCGACACAUGGCACUGCUCAACCUGGCCCUCUGCCUGCUGGCCGCCGACUCCUGCUUCCUGGCCACGUCACUGAGACCUCCGCAGCCUCGAAGCACCAUCUGCCUAGCAGCCGCCUUCCUCUGCCACUUUCUCUACCUGGCCACCUUCUUCUGGAUGCUGGCACAAGCCCUGAUGCUAGCCCACCAGCUGCUCUUCGUCUUCCAGCAGUUGUCCAAGCACCGAACCCUGUCACUGAUGGUGGUCCUCGGCUACCUGUGCCCCCUGGGGCUGGCAGGGGUAGCCCUGGGCCUCUACCUGCCACGGGGCCAGUACCUAAGGGAGGGCGCCUGUUGGCUGGAUGGGGAGGGUGUCGCCAUCUAUACCUUCGUGGGGCCCGUGCUGACCAUCGUGGGCGUCAAUGGGUUGGUGUUGGCCAUGGCGGUGCUGAAGCUGCUUAGGCCUUCGCUGUCGGAGGGGCCGCAGGUGGAGAAGCGUCAGGCCCUGCUGGCGGUGCUCAAAGCUCUGCUUAUCCUCACACCCAUCUUCGGCCUCACCUGGGGUCUUGGCCUGGUCACCCUGCUGGAGAAAGUCUCCACUGUCCCGCACUACAUCUUCACCAUCCUUAACACCUCCCAGGGUGUCUUCAUCUUACUGUUCGGCUGCCUCAUGGACAAGAAGGUACAAGAGGCGCUUCUCAAACGCUUCUGCCGCUCCCGGGCCCCCAGCUCCACCAUCUCCCUGGUCACCAGUGAGACCUCAGAACACAGCAAGGGAAGAGGUGAACAUUCCAGAUUACCUGUAACCACCCCUGAACAAGGAUUUCCAGAAAAACUGGCUCCAUCUCCCCUGAGAAAUAAUCUGCCUUUGCUGUAA